AUGUCAUUCUUUUCGCUUCUUGAAUAUAUUCCAUCCAUAUCUUCAAUUGUAUUAAAACAUUAUACCAAAGGCCCGCCUAAAAAAUCAUGGGAUCUAAAACUUCAUUUAGCAAUAGCAAUGAUCAAAGGCGAUAAUCGUAUGUCAAAAUUGUCUAUUGAACAAACUCAAAAGGAAUUUGAAAAAUAUUUUAUGUUUAAAGCACCUCCUCAUAUAACUAUAAAAGAAGUUAUAUUAGAUGAGGAAUAUAGACAAAAGAGUAAAGCACAUUUAGAAAAGAUUUUAAAACCAUAUGAUGAUGUGUUAGAUGAGAAUUGGAAAGAUCCAAAUGAUAAAGGAUUACAUGGAGAAUGGCAGUAUAUUAAUGAACAAAUCAGUGAAACUGAUAAUGUGAUUUUAUAUUUGCAUGGUGGUGGAUUUUGCGUUGGCUCACCUAAAUCUGUUGCACUUAAUUAUCGUCUUUCUCCACAAAACCAAUUUCCUGCCGCUCUUUGUGAUUCCAUCGCUGCGUAUCUAUAUCUUACAAAUCCUGGUCCAAAUGCUGGAUUUGAACCGAUCAACCCUAAAAGAAUUAUAUUGGCUGGCGAGAGUGCGGGUGGCAAUUUGGUUUUUUCUACACUUUUAGUUUUAAGAGAUGCUGGAUUACCUUUACCAGCGGGCGCAAUUGUAAUGGCUGAUUUAACUCAAAGUUUGCCAUCCAAAUGGAAUUCUGAAAUAGAUAAAAUAGAUUUUGUACCUUCAGCACUAAGCUAUUUUACAAAUGUUCCUUCAUCGCCUGCCAUGGACGAAUAUCAUGCCAAUGCAAAAGCUCUAGCUGAUAAAAUCGCUUUAAAAAAUCCUACGAUUGUUAGUCAUCCAUCUUUUACUGAAGUACCUCGUUUUAACUUUUAUUGUGCUAAUGAGGCUCCCAUGCUUGCUGAAUCUUUAGGGAAUUUACCACCUAUUCUAUGUCAAGUUGGGGGUGAUGAAAAAAUUCGUGACGACGCUAUCCUGAUCAGUCAUAAAGCUGCGAGUCCUCAUAAAUAUCAAUUGCCUUCAUAUGCAACUAAAAAUUUUGAAAAGUCACCUUUUAAGAAACCAACUAAAGUUAUACUUGAAGUCUAUGAUGAUAUGCCUCAUAUUUGGCAAACGUUCACUUUUUCUAAACAUUCACAAUUAGCAUUAGGACGUUGUCGUGAUUUUAUAAAACGUGUUACUUCAACUGAAGACAAUGAUAAUAUAUCCAUGAUUGAUCUUAUUAAGGAAGAGGAAGUACCCCCUUCCAUUUCUAUUUCUCCCUCAUUUAUUGCAAUGAGAGUUGGUACAGAUGGUACGAUUAGAGAAUUGAAUGAAACUGAUCGGGAUUGUCUAAAAUGGGAUAAAAUUGGCGUAGUGCCUAAGCCUAAACUUUAA